GGAGUGUUUCCGGUGUUGUUGUGUGAACUAGCAGCAGGCUCGUGUCUCCGGUCCGUGUCUGGUGUGUGUCUGUCGGUGAUGGCGGUGUGUGCGGGACCGUGCGGGUCCCUGCUGGUCGUCUUGUCCCUGCUGGUCUUUGCUGUCCCCCCUCUGACGGCCUGGGACGCGGACCUGGAGCUGCUGGACCUGGUGGAGGAGAUCCCGCAGAACUUCUAUCAGUUCCUGUCUGUGGAGCAGGAUGCAUCCUCAGCAGAGAUAAAGAAGGCGUAUCGUCGUCUGUCUCUGUCUCUUCAUCCCGACAAGAACAAAGACGAAAACGCUGAAACUCAGUUCAGACAGCUGGUGUCCAUUUAUGAAGUCCUGAAGGACGAGGAGAGACGACGCAGCUAUGAUGACAUCCUGGUGAAUGGACUUCCUGAUUGGCGGCAGCCGGUCUUCUACUACAGACGAGUGAGGAAGAUGAGUAAUGCUGAGCUAGCCUUCCUCCUCUUCCUCAUCCUCACUGUGGGACACUACGCUGUCAUCUGGUCCAUCUACCUGGAGAAACAGCUGGAUGAGCUGCUGAGUAAGAAGAAGAGAGAGAAGAAGAAGAAGCUGAGCUCCAGACCUGCAGAGGAGCUCAGGUGUAUCGGCCAGGACCGCACCGACAGAGCUGAUGACCGGCCGCACUGGCAGGACAUCCUCCCUCUGAAGCUGAGCAUCUGGCUUUACCUGUCCAUCAAGAACCUGCCGCAAACUGUCCAGGAGGUGAAGCAGUACUAUGAAGACUACCAGCAGAUGAAGCAGCAGCAGAGGGAAGAAGCUGAAGCUGAACAGGAAGUUGUGACCAGAGAGAAGAGGCCGAAGGCCAAGAAGCCAAAGGUGGAGUUUCCUGUUUACAAGCUGUCAUCAGAGAACCUGACCUGUCAGAGUUACGAUCAGACCACGUCCAUCGAGGAGAUCGAAAAUCAAAUGGACGACUGGCUGCAGGACCGCAGAGCUGCAAAGAAGAAGGCUGCAGACUGGACGGAGGACGAGCUCAGCCUCCUCAGCAGAUUAAUGGUUAAAUUUCCUGGAGGAACUCCGGGUCGCUGGGAGAAGAUCGCUCAUGAACUGGGAAGAUCAGUGACAGAUGUGACGACCAAAGUCAAACAAGUGAAAGACAACGUGAGCCACACAUCAGGUCUGGUGAAGCUGUCAGACCUGAAGGGCCCUCCUCCUGCAAGGUCACUUCCUGUUGCUGACAAGGCGAUGACUCAGAGAGGGGGCGGAGCCUGUGAGGAGGAGCAGCAGGAGGAGGAGGAGGAAGCAGCUCCAGUGGUCAGGAGGAGGAACAGGAAGUCAGCAGCAGCAGCAGACGAGAUGGAAGUGAAGGUCAGGGGUCGUCGGCAGAGAGAUUUUGACCCGAUGACAGCAGCAGCGGAUGAAGAGGAGGCGGAGCCUCAGGAGAACAGGGAGAAGGCGGACCCCACCAUCUGGACUCAGAACCAGCAGAAACUGCUGGAACUCGCUCUGCAACAGUUCCCCAGAGGAACGGUAGAGCGCUGGGACCGCAUCGCCAAGGUGGUCCCUGGGAAGACCAAGGAGGAGUGUAUGAUUCGUUAUAAGAUGUUGGCGGAACUCGUUCAGAAGAAGAAACAGGCUAAAAGCUGAUUGAAGAUUUUGAUCUGUGACUCCGCCUCCUCCUGCUGUGACCUCUGACCUCCUGACAGGUGAACAAUCAGGUGACCUGUCAGGUAAACUGUCAGCAGUGUUUUAUUUUUCUGUCCAGGUGAGCUGUGUCCUGAUUGGACUAUAUCAUAGUUAGUUUUGUUUUUAUAUAUGUGAUGCAGCGUCUCACCUGUUCAGGUGUGUUUUUAUAACUGAGGUGUCAAAGGAAGCAGAAAACGAGUUUGAGCCCACCUGAUGACCUCUGACCUCACAGCUUCAUGUGCCUUAGCUCCGUUCAGCAUGCUGUCAAUCAACCUCCAUUCAACCGAUCAAUAAAAGUAUUUAUUACCUGC